UUCUAGUGAUUGACAAAACAUUUCAGUGACUUGGACUCUUUAAAACUUGCACUUACACAGCCAAGGACAACCUGAUGUUCUGCGUUAGCCAUGUUUAACCUUAGGCUUAUAUUUGGAGCUCUGUUGGGAGUGUGGCUUUGCACUGUAGCUGCUCAAGACACAUGUCAGGCAGGCACACCUGGACUGCCGGGUAUUCCCGGAAUUCCUGGACGCGAUGGCAGUGAUGGUGAAAAGGGUGAGAAAGGCGAAGCAGGACGCACAUUGGACCUGGUGAACAAAGCGACUAAAGGGCAAAAAGGGGAACCCGGCAUAAAAGGGUCUCAGGGAAAAAGAGGUCCAUCUGGUGAUCAGGGCCCACCAGGACCACAGGGUCCACCUGGGGACAAAGGAGAGUCAAGUGAAUCUAAACCACAGUCUGCUUUCUGUGUAUCUCGUGAAAACAACUCACCACCCCGAUCUGAUACCCCAAUCAUCUUCAUAAGGGAGAUCAACAAUGAACAACGCCACUUUAAUCUUAAUGAGGGUAAAUUUCAGUGUCACAUCCCUGGUACCUACUAUUUUGUAUAUCAUGCAACGUCCCAUGAUAAGACCCUUUGUGUUAAGCUCAUGAUUGAUGGAAAUAAAAAGUUUACUUUCUGUGACCAUAUUCAAGAUGAAUUUAAUGUGAGUUCAGGAGGUGUUGCUGUGUACUUGCAGCAAAACAGUAAAGUCUGGUUGGAGGCUAAUGACAGAGUAAAUGGCAUGUACGCAGAGGGAGGCCAAGGCGACAGUGUCUUCUCUGGUUUUUUGCUUUAUGCUCACUGAGGGGUUUCUUCAGUGUUGUACAAAACACAACAGAUUACAUAAGGUUUCACAUUUACAAUCAUGAUCUGUACUUUCAAGAGCACAAAAUGUCAUUUUGAUUUCCAUGCUACUAAUAAAAUGCUACUGGAAUAAAACAA